UCUCGCCCGCAUCUCCGCGGUGAGUCGGCGGCGCCCUCGCCUCUGAGCCUGGGGCCAGCUCCCCUCGCCACCCGGGCUGCCGCGCGCGUCUCCGCCCCAGCCCAGCCCAGCCCCGCGCACAGCCCCAUCCCCGUAAGCCCAGCACCGACUCGCUCCCUCCACAUUUCUCCUGCGUGGGGGCGACGCCCCCUCCUCCCGGCGCUCCCCGCUCUCCCUCCUUGCCUUUCCGGCCCCGCUGGGGACCCCCAACCGCCGCCCGUGCCCCCCAACCGCGACGCCCGGGGACGGCAGGUCCUCUUUGUUCAGGUGGCGGGCACGGAGGACCCCCCUCCCGCGGUGUCACCGCACCCCCCACCCCGCGCCCUCCCUCCGCCUCCUGGAGUUCACCCGGACCAGGUGGCGGCAGGCGCCUUUUGGGGGUGCGCGGCCGUGCAAUUGGUGGAUUUUUUUAAAACUGUUUUGGAGGGGGGAGCGCGGUGUAGGGGGCGGGAGAGCGCUUCUGGCUGCAAGCUGCUCCUCCCGCUUCGCUCCGCGCUCUCCCGCCGCUCAGCUUAGGGUCUCCCGCGUUCCUCUCCCCGGCUCGGCAGAGCGCGCUGCCCUGACGCCGGGCGCCGAGAUGAAGGUGCUGGGACACCGGUUGGAGCUGCUCACAGGCCUCCUGCUCCACGACGUGACCAUGGCCGGACUGCAGGAGCUGCGAUUCCCCGAGGAGAAGCCGCUGCUGCGGGGCCAGGAUGCCACCGAGCUGGAGAGCUCUGAUGCCUUCCUCUUGGCUGCAGACACAGAUUGGAAGGAACAUGACAUCGAGACGCCCUACGGCCUUCUACACGUGGUGAUCCGGGGCUCCCCCAAGGGGAACCGCCCAGCCAUCCUCACCUACCACGAUGUGGGCCUCAACCACAAGCUAUGCUUCAACACCUUCUUCAACUUCGAGGACAUGCAGGAGAUCACCAAGCACUUUGUGGUGUGUCAUGUGGAUGCCCCUGGACAGCAGGUGGGGGCGUCGCAGUUUCCUCAGGGGUACCAGUUCCCCUCCAUGGAGCAGCUGGCUGCCAUGCUCCCCAGCGUGGUGCAGCAUUUCGGGUUCAAGUACGUGAUUGGCAUCGGAGUGGGCGCCGGAGCCUAUGUGCUGGCCAAGUUUGCACUCAUCUUCCCCGACCUGGUGGAGGGGCUGGUGCUGGUGAACAUCGACCCCAACGGCAAAGGCUGGAUAGACUGGGCUGCCACCAAGCUCUCCGGCCUGACCAGCACUUUACCUGACACGGUGCUCUCUCACCUCUUCAGUCAGGAGGAGCUGGUGAACAACACAGAGUUGGUGCAGAGCUACCGGCAGCAGAUUGGGAACGUGGUGAACCAGGCCAACCUGCAGCUCUUCUGGAAUAUGUACAACAGCCGCAGAGACCUGGACAUCAACCGGCCUGGAACGGUACCCAAUGCCAAGACGCUCCGCUGCCCCGUGAUGCUGGUGGUCGGGGAUAACGCACCCGCUGAGGAUGGGGUGGUGGAGUGCAAUUCCAAACUGGACCCAACCACCACAACCUUCCUGAAGAUGGCGGACUCCGGGGGGCUCCCCCAGGUCACACAGCCAGGGAAGCUGACUGAAGCCUUCAAAUACUUCCUGCAAGGCAUGGGCUACAUUGCGUACUUGAAGGACCGAAGGCUGAGUGGAGGAGCAGUGCCCUCGGCCAGCAUGACCCGCCUGGCACGCUCCCGCACCGCGUCCCUCACCAGUGCCAGCUCGGUGGAUGGCAGCCGCCCACAGGCCUGCACCCACUCAGAGAGCAGCGAGGGGCUGGGCCAGGUCAACCACACCAUGGAGGUGUCCUGUUGAAGCCCUCAGUCCAGCUGACGACACCCAACUGUCCGCCCGCCUCGAGGUCCCACUGCCAUCCUUGCGCCGGCUCAUGUUCCCUUUAGUUUAUUUUUGUGAGGGCAAAGGGGAGGAAAUGGGGUUACUUCUGUUUGGAAAAAAAAAUAAGGGGAUCUAUGUUAGAUGCUGUGGCGGAACAGACUCCAGAUGUUUUGAGGGGCUCACUCUUCCCCACCCUAUCUCACUCUCCAUGGUAACUUGGCCAAUUUGACCCCUCUCAUCCCACUCCCUGCAGCUCAGGCACAGGAGGGCAGGGCCACAGGGAGGGAGAUUGCUACGGAUCCAGGCCAUUCCUGGGUGAGCCCUUGGGCAGGCAGGUUUACAGAUGGCAGAGACUUUGAGAGGGUGGGUGCUUGGCCCACAGGGGCUGGGGGGCCAGCUCAGGCACUGGCGUGGGAGCCCUGGGAGGCCCCUUCCCCCGCCUUCCACCAAGCACACCUGUUUCUGUCUCAUAGCACAUGUGACAAUCAUCUGGACAAUAGCCACAAGGGGGCGCUCGGACCAGGCAGCCACUUUCCUGGUGCUCUCUGGGCCAGCUGGUGCUGUAGGGCCAGGCAGGCAGAGAUGUCAGGGGGUUUCUCUGCCCAAGGAAGACAGAACAUGGAGAACUGUGAGGGCAGGAACCCCACAGACUGUCCCUAACAGCCCACACUCUGCCGCCUCCUGGCCCUGUCCCAUUUCUGAGCCAAGGCCUCCCUGAGGCAGAAGUCACCUGGUCCUCUGUCCCCACAGUGACCUGAUGGGGUGAGAGAGGAGGAGAGAGCCUAUGUGUGGUGUGUGUACCCCUGAGAACUUCAUGGCGACUGCCUUGGGGAGCCCACAGGUGGCCAGAGGCAGGGGUAGCUGAGUUCCUGGAGACCCUUUUUUGCCCCCAGGUUCCCCAGAGGGCAAUGCCAUCAGUAGCAGUGUGGUGUUUCAGGCAGAGCUCUGGCCAGGCUGCGCUAGCGUGUCCUGUAAGCAUCAUUAAGGAAGAGAGAGUUUAUUUGGUCAACUGGCCCAAGGCAGCAAAGCUUCCACAGUCCCACCUCCGCAUAGUUUCCUCAGCUGGGGCUUGCUGGGGGUUGAAGGUUCUGGACAUUGAACACGGGCCAGGUAGAGUAGAAAGGCUUCCCCACACCCUAGCCCCCUCCUUCCACCUGAAGCCCAGGACUGUGCCAUAUGCUUUCCAUCCACCCACCUUACCCCAUAGAAUCUUGCUGCCCAGAAACCAGAGCCAUUUGUCUCGGACCCUAAAUCAAUGGUCACAAACCCCAAAACAGAAGAGGGGAGAGAGCGAUGAAAAAAUGAAGGGCUGAGAAGCGGGGAGGGUUGUGGCAGGUGUUCUGAGGCGGAGAGGACACCUAGAUGCAUAUUUCCUCUGCACACAUCACCCCCUUCUAUAAUCUGAAGCCAUGUCGAGCUCGGUGAUGUGUUAGUUUCUCCCCAUUUCUACCCCUUCACGUGCUUCCUCUGAAUACUGAAUGUGACUGUUUGAAAGCUGGUAGAAUUAAUCCCUCUUACUGUAGAUAGCACUGCAAAUCUUGGAUUUUGUUUUUUUUGCUGUGUUUUCAGAUGAGAUAUCUAUAAAUAUUCUAUACAGUGUGUGUGUGUGUGUGUGUGUGUGUGUGUGCGUGCGCGCGCGCAUUGGGUCCUCCCAUGUGUGGUGUUCCUUCGGAGUCUGUCCUUGGUCAAGGUGAACUUUUAAUGUUUAUUUUCUUCUCUGCACAAAGUGAAGAGCCUAUUUGUGUGUUCUGGUGGCUGCUGUCAUGAGAUGACAAAAUGUAAAACAAAACUCUAGUCAACGUAGAAAGAGUUAACUGUGCUGAAAAACUAAUAAAGAACCUAAGAAGAA